AUCGUGCUCCCGAGGUGCUCUUGCGCUCCACCAGCUAUAAUUCACCAAUCGACCUAUUCGCUGUGGGCUGUAUUAUGGCAGAACUUUACACGUUUCGUCCUCUUUUUCCCGGAAGUUCGGAGAUUGAUAUGAUUUUCAAGAUCUGUUCCGUGCUUGGAACUCCUAACAAGACCGACUGGCCCGAAGGGUAUCAGUUAGCAGCUGCGAUGAAUUUCAAGUUUCCCCAAUGUAGUCCAUCUUGUUUGCGCUCCCUUAUUCCGAAUGCGAAUCGAGAAGCCAUUCAGCUGAUCGCGGAUUUGAUCGCAUGGAAUCCAAAACGCCGACCCACGGCACGUGAGGCUCUUCGCCGCCCCUACUUCAAGCCGAUACAACCUAUCAGCAUUGUCCGAUCUCCGGACAGUGGUGGCGACAAACGACCCAGUGCUGUUCCCGUUCCGAAUCGACCCGUAGUGAAGCAACCACAACGUCAAUUACAGCCACGACCUCAUGUUCACCAUUCCAUCCCAUCGAAUAUGAGCAAAGAGAUAUCACAGCCGAAAAAUGAUUUAGAUGCUCUCACUCAAUCUGUCAGUCACGAGCAUCGCGAUCAGCUAGGUGUGGGAAUGCAAAAAGAUGAUAUCUUAGAUGAAACUGUCUUCGAUUCUGUAAAAGACAAUAAAAUUGGAAAAUCGGAUGCACCUUUUGAAAACUGGACAGCUGUAACCAAAUCGGAAUCCUACAGUUCACCACAUAUCAAUGAAUCUGGUAAGUAA